UGUCUAGGCGAGCCAAUCAAAUCCCUCCCCUGCUAUAGAUCGGUGCUAUAAUACAAAGCAGUAAAAGCGGUCGCCUCACACAAGCGGCUGCAGCUCGACUAGAGAUCCCGUGGCUUUUAAUUCCCUCACUACUUUUUUUAACCCUCCUUCGAUGUGCCCCGUUAUUACCAUUUGUCUGACGCGUUCAUUUCCGCACCUGCCACAGUAGAGACCAGGCGAAGGCGAAGUAGAGGAGGAGACAAGGACAUUGCGAGAGCCAGGAGAGGCAGACGGUAGAGAUAGCAGCGGCGACUCGUUUGAGAUCUUAAAGGACAAAAAAAAAAUGCUGCUCUGGACCAGAAUCGUAUUGGUCGGUCUCAUCUGCUUGUCCUUGGUGUCCUCUGGGAUGGGAUGCGGACCGGGCAGGGGCUACGGCAGGAGAAAACACCCGAAGAAGCUGACACCUCUUGCGUACAAGCAGUUCAUCCCCAACGUGGCGGAGAAGACCCUCGGGGCAAGCGGCAGAUACGAAGGCAAGAUCACAAGAAACUCCGAGCGAUUUAAAGAACUGACUCCCAAUUAUAACACAGACAUCAUAUUCAAGGAUGAGGAGAACACCGGUGCCGACAGGCUAAUGACUCAGAGAUGUAAAGACAAGUUGAACUCGCUGGCCAUCUCAGUGAUGAAUCAGUGGCCCGGGGUGAAGCUGCGGGUCACCGAGGGCUGGGACGAAGACGGACACCACUUCGAGGAGUCGCUCCACUACGAGGGCAGAGCCGUGGACAUCACCACCUCGGACAGAGACAAGAGCAAAUACGGCACUCUGUCCAGGCUGGCGGUGGAAGCCGGAUUCGACUGGGUCUACUAUGAAUCCAAAGCCCACAUCCACUGCUCUGUGAAAGCAGAGAACUCAGUGGCAGCAAAGUCAGGUGGCUGCUUCCCAGGAUCCUCCACUGUCAUCCUUCAGGAUGGUACCAAGAAGGCGGUCAAAGACCUCCAAGCCGGCGACAGGGUCCUGGCAGCAGAUGACGAUGGAAACCCGAUUUACACCGACUUCAUCAUGUUCAUAGAUCAAGACUCUACAACCAGGAGGCUCUUCUAUGUGAUCGAAACCGACUCGGGGGAGAAAAUCACUCUCACCGCCGCGCACCUCCUCUUCGUCGGCCACAACACCACAGAGGAGGAGCGCAUGUCGGCGAUCUUCGCCAGUGAAGUCCAGUCCGGACAGACGGUGUUCGUGUUUGACGCCGAGCGAAGUCGACUCGAGCCUGUGAGCGUAAAACGGAUUUACACGCAAGAGCACGAGGGCUCCUUUGCGCCGGUGACCGUGCAGGGAACCGUCGUGGUGGACCAGGUCCUUGCGUCCUGUUACGCAGUGAUCGAAGACCACGACCUGGCGCACUGGGCCCUGGCACCCGUCAGGCUCGCCCACUGGGUGUCCUCGUUGCUUUUCAGUUCCCAGCCUAAAGUCAGUGCACAGAACGACGGAGUGCACUGGUACUCCAAGAUCCUUUAUCAAUUAGGAACAUGGCUCUUGGACAGCCACUCGAUCCAUCCACUUGGGAUGUCAGUAUACCCGAGUUGAAAACUCAACCACAGGAGCAGAGUGAGACUUUUAAAAUGUAGGACACACGAACUAUUCAAUAGAUUAAAAAAAAUAAAAUAAUAAUAAUAAUUAAAAAAACGAACGAACAAACAAACAAGACAAAGGCCCCAGCGGAGUUGGGAUAUUUAUUUCAGUGACUUUUCCAUGUGUCCCCUUUCAAAGAAUGAAUGGAGCCUUAAAAAGUUUCUCUUUGAAUAAUUUAUUCUCAUGUGAACUCGCUGCUGUCACACAAAUGGAUUCUGAAACGGUGUGAGCAGCAAAUUGUGCAUAAUCUAUUUUUGUAUAUCUCAAAUGCAAAAAAAAAAAGACAGAAAAAAUGAAGAAAAAAAUGAAAAAGAAAAAAUAUCGCAAAGAGAAAGAAGACCAUGUAGAAAGGAGCUAACUUUGACAGGUUGUAAUGUUCAUAUGUGCAUAUAUGUGCAACUGACUGUUAUAUUUUGGGGAGAACAAACUUCGCGGGGUUCCAUAAAUUAUAUUUUUAUACACAGAAUUGUAAAUUAGAUUUUGACAGAUCGCUACCGAAUCACAUUUCGUUAUUUGAAAUAGUGUAAGAUAUGAGAAUAUAUUUUAAUUUAAAUACAGUAGUUGGGAAAGUAUUGGAAAAAUCUUGUACUGCUUUGGUUUAUUAAGAAUUUUAUUAUUUUGGAAACUGUUCGUUUAAGUUGUCGGAGAGGGACAGAUAUUCUGCCUCAUGUCUGCAUUCUCUGCUUUUUUUUUUUGGUUUGUUUUUGUUGUGUUUCUAUUUUUCUGUUUUCUUCUGAGAAAAAUAUUAAAUGCAGAUUCUGACAAUUCAGUAACAGUUAAAGUAGUACUGAAACAGUUUCGUUAAAUAAAUUAAUAAGUAACUCCUGUAAAUGUACUAAAAUGUAUUUUUCUUUUCAUAUUUUGUAAUAGGGAAAUAGUUUUAUAGAAAUGACCUGCGGCAGAUGCAAAGUUUGGAUAGUCUAUAUAGCCAGACCAUACCAGUUAACUUUCAUAACAGGGCGAUGCGUCAAAAAUGUCUAGAGUUUAUUAUUUAUAUGUUUAUUACAAAAUGAGAUAAAGAAAAUCUUCAAACUUGGAGUUGUUACAUGUGUUUGUCUGAGUGAACUUCACACAAAGAGGAACAUUUGAAACAUUAUGACGGCCCAAUUAAGUGUAAUCCUGUAAUGAUAUUUUCACUUUGGUCUGUUUGUGUUUUAUAACAAACAAAGCAUUCAUUCUGGAUGGUUAUAAUUAACACAUAACAAUUGUUUUACAUGGUAAUUCAAUGAGCUUAGCCUUCUGGGAGAGCUAUGGCAAAUCACUUCGCCCUGUUUGCUACCUUUUACAAAAUGGAGAAAAUAUUGCGCUUUGAACUACCUUUUGCAUGCUUGCGAAAUGUUGAGAGCCCAUGUCAAAUUUAACGAGGUUUGCCCUCCGCAAAUAACUCCUAACUUGCAGACAAAUUAAACAGAAGUGUGUUUGUUGGCCCUCAAUGUGCUUCUCGGUGUCUGCUGGUUGGGGUCAGAUUGCUCCAUCAGUGACUGACAGUCCGGUCCAGAAGAAGAGACACAGUCAUUGUCUAAAUCACAGCUUAGUAAAACAUUUGUCAGUCUUAACAAGUCGCCAUAAUCCUCCAGUAUUUUCACAGGGACUUAUAGUGUGCGUGGAGCACUUGAUAGUGAGGUUAUAGUGAUGUAUUCUUGUCCUCUUGUGGUGUUAGGUGGCUGCAUAUAUUUCUGAAAUUGAUUACAGCAUCAGUUUAUCCCAGGAACUGUGUAAUUAAGUUGUGUAAGUGCGACACCAUGUGGUCAAACGGUGGUAGUGCUGAUUGGCAAUGCAUGAAAAUGCUGAUAUUCCACUGCAGGGAGUUAGAAAUACUUUUAUAUGAAGUAUGACACACAGAAAGAAGCAGCAAGUGCUAUUUAUGAGUUAUGUAAAUUCAUUCAAGGGCAGAUGUAUGGGGCCACAGAGCAAACUGAAGUGGCCUCAUAUUUAGUUUUGAUGCAUCAAACUUAAUAAAUGUAUUUGUAGUGAGAAGCAAAAGUACAAAUGAAUUCCCAAAACACAUGAAACUACAAAUGAAUGUGAAUCUAUUAUUAUUCAAUCAAAACCACAAAAAUGAUCCUUCGCCCAACUGAUCAAAGGUAAAAGGGGCCACUGAACCUGAGUUUCUGAACACUGUAGCAACAUGAGCAGGAAUUCCAUUUCCUUCUCCCAGGUCGCCCACAUUGUGUUGUGUUGUUGAUACUGUGAGGUGGAAACUUUGGGGAGGGACAAAGCGGGCCCAUCUCUGCCGGCGCUGUGACCUUGGGUCCCUGACAGAUACAAAAGCGUCCGUGCAGGGCAGCAUUCCUCAGAGCAGGUAAACAGAGCCUCCUCUAAUCCCUCUGGGGGCCCUCAGUCUGCUGGAGCUCAACAACGGCUUUUACAAAUGUUGACAUUUGCAAACAUGAACAGUCUGGCAUUCUGGAAAACAAAACUCCCCGUUUCUAAGAGAGAGCUGCAAAUGGCAGCGGCCCGUUCCUUCCCAGGCAACAUUUACUCCUCUGUGGCAGCAACCAGUAGAGUGCUGAAGAUGUAGAGGUGGUAAAUUGGAGGGAAAUAUAUUUUAAAGGGAUCUGGUCCCACACAUCUUCACUAGAGCCUCCUUUCAUACUGUCGGUAAACAGAGAACUGAACUAUGCAAAACUCACCAUAGAUAGAUGGACAAAUUGCUAGAAAGAUUAUCUGGUAGGUAGUUGGACAGAAGUAAAGAUGGAUAGAUCUUCCAAACAUGAUAAUACAUAUUUUUACUCAAAGAAAAACAAUCAGGGCUGCGGGAUGGAGUAACAAUGUAUGACAAUUAGAACUCUUCAAUCAAAUCAGUCAGUAUGAACUGUUCCUGCUCUCUAUGAAGAAGACUUGUUGGAACCUCAAGUGUACAUGCUCUCAAAUCUCUUAGUUUUAAACAUCACAAUCACAAGACUCAACAUUUUGGUCUUUUUUAAAAAUGAUUUCUCAGAUAUUGACCUUUAAUUUCAUGGGAAGACGGCAUGAAACCAACAAAAAAUACCUUGAGGGGGUUUCCAGAUUAAUCUUAGUGGUCGCAAGAUAAUUCAUGGGAUAGAAAAGGACAACAUUGUUCUACGACACAAAAUGUUCAUCCCUUGCACUACACUGGAUAAGGUCCUGAAAAGGUCAAAGUAACAGUCCAGCCAAGAAGUUUUAUCACUCUUUGGUUGAACUGUUCACAACUAAAAAUACCCUGAACCAGUGACGAGGGGUCCCAAGCAAAUACCAGUGCAUUUGAAGGAAUCACCUCCUGAAAAAUUAAGAAUCACUGCUUCAGAUGACACCCAGUUCAGUCUGACUAAAGGACCUUGGUGGGUUCGACAUGAAAGGAAGUAGUUUUGACCUUCUUUGCAGACACUUUCAAUUUCACAAUAAAGACAAACUCAGUGCCAUAACUGUGUUUAUCAAAAAGUUUAUUUUUCUCCAGUUUCUUCUCAAUUUUAACACAUUCCAUCUCUUUAAGAAUUAUUCCCUUUUUUAGAAAACAUUUCUUUAGUAAAUCACAGUGUACAGCUUAAGAACAUGAAACAUGAUUGAUAUCGGAACUUUCCAACACAGAACAUUAUGUUUCAUCAUGUCAUACAUCAAAUUGUGAAAACACACAACAGGAUGGAUUGUCAACAGUUUCAGCCAAAACUCGAGAUUGGAUUUUCAUUCAGUCAUUAUUUGGUGCACCGUACUGUUCGGGAUGAGGAAACCACUGUAGUGUCUUUUUUUUCUCAAAAUCCAACCAAACAAUGCAUGUCAAGAAGCUGGGAUGACCUUUGGUGCAGUGAAAGCCAUAAAGCGGCUUUAGAGUUACGUGUCUGCUCUGUGAACCCGGCUGUCGUCACAGAGAUGGAAACCUCCAUCCAACUGGGCUAAAGAAACAAUGGUAAUCCAGGUAGGCCACCCUGCUUGAUACAGAAGUCUUAAGUUCAACAACAGCAGCAGCAUCGAGGAAAAGAUGGGUGACUGUCAAAUACAUGUAAGUUGGAAGAACAGCCGUGGCAGGAAAAGCAGUAAUGGAAGGAAAUGUGGCAGACCAAGUGAAUGCGACAUCUAUUUAGUGAGGGAAAUUAGCUCAAGUAAAAUCUUCCUUCCAAGGCCGGACACUGCAUCACUGUAAAGGAACCGUGAGUGUUAAGUGAGUGAGUUAAAGCACGUAAAGUGACAUAGAAGUAUCGUGGUUUAAGCCGAUCAAUGGCUCCUCUCACCAGCACGCUGUUGAAAAAUUAGUGUUAAUACUAGAGCUCACGGUAUUGUGUGCUCUACAGUGCCGCCCAAAACCAAACUACAACCUCAAACAGCCCACUGUGAUUCACCCAGGAGCACCACAAGUCAGUGUUUGACCAUGCCAAUAGUUUUGGAUGCUUUUGCUCAACCAGUUUGUUCCUCUCAUGUAAUCGAUACUUUGACUUUUAAUGGUUUCAUUAGAAUCACAAUUUUAAGCAACUGAUUUCCUCAAAGAUAAAUACAAGGCAAAUAAAGACACUUAAAGGUGCUGUCUGCUGGUACAAAAAAUAUUCACCUGGUGUAUCGUAAACUUAAAUAAAACAAGGUGCAGCUAUUACUUGAACUCAAUAAAGACAACAACUGGAGAUGGCAUACUUUAUCUUCUUUGUUGUUUAGCACAACUUAAGGGGAAUUAGCUUAUAAAACCUGAUUAAGAACUUUCAGUUUGGUGAUGUGUCAUACAACACCAUACAACAUGCAGCAAAAGAAUUAUUUUUCAUACCAGCAUGACAGCAAAGCCUUUGAGAAAUCAGUCUUCAAAACAGUAGCAAGUAGGGGUGGGCGAUAUGGCCAAAACCUUCUAUCACAAUAUAUGUAGUUUUCUAUCACAGUAGCAGUAUAUGUAAUGAUAAAUGGUCGAAAAAUAACCAUACUGUACUUCAUCAUGUCAUUAUUUUCUUCUUUUAUUUAGAACUUCCAUACAAACAAAAAACUGCCUCACAUGAGACAACACUCCUUAACAAAACCAAAUUUCUUUCAAAAGAGGUUUAAGGUUCUUGAGAACAAUAAUUCUAAGUCUUACAGUUUUCUGGAUUUACAACUUUGCUCUCCUCCUUCAUGUCUGUCCAAAUCACAUUACCUUUGAAGCUAACAGAUUUGCUAGAUUGCAAGAUCAUGGGAUAAUCCCAAGUACACAGAACAGUCCAGCCCCUGAUAUGCCACAAAGCCUGCCAUGAAUAGCACCCAUAGUUGACACAGUAUUGCCAAAGUUCUACCAGUGGACACAUUUCUAUCGUUGCAUGAUAAAUAUACCAUAAUAUCGCCCAUCCCUAGUAGCAAGCGGUUUCAAAUGAUCCGCUAGGGUUUCCAAAGUUAACCUUAAAUCCUUACAUUAGAGGAACAAACUAUAAACAACCCAACUCAAAUUUCAGAUGUUGGAGCUUUUCAUAAGCACCUAAACACAUCAAGGAACCAAUAAUAUAAACCACAUUAUCAUGCAACAAUAACAUAACUUUGACAAAAAGGAAAGCCAAUUAGCUGCAUGAGGUGGCCUGCCAAUUUUAAGUAAACUGAGUAAGUGCUUGCAUGAACUAAAACCAACAGCUGACUUUAAGUUGGGAAAAGUUGUAGUUAUAAUUUGCAAAGCAGUCAGUAGUAAAUUAUAACACACUCAUAACCCAAUUUGUUGAUUGCUGAAACAUGCUAAACCCUUGGCAUGGUCUUUAAAGUUUUCUUUGGGGGCUAGCAACCAGGCUGACGACAGCUUGUGACCUGAGGAGAAACAAAGAAUGAAAUCAUUAUUUCAGCUGGUCUGCAAAGUCUCAGCACCCCGGAACAGCAAAUGGACCUGUUGGAAUAAAAGUUUUAAGUUAGUGUUGUGUUGAACCCAACCCAGCUAGUGUUGCGGAUCUGACCCAUAGCUAGCAUAAACACUGUGAUGCUACCAGCCAUAAUGGAGGCUUAUGCAAGCACAAGAAAGCCCCACAGAAACAGAUGAGCCUUUCUCAAUCAAAUAUUAAAUACCCUACUGCAACCACAUGAGCUGAUGUGAUUGAAAAAAGCAUCCUGCUAGUUAAGUAGCCUGUUGUAAAUCAGGCCAUAGUUUAGCACCAUUUUCCUCAAUGAGAAAUACUAUGAGAAAUAGAACAAUAUGUCCAAAAGUUCAAGGUACAUAUUUGUACGAAAUCCUUAAAAUUAAGGUACAAAAAGAUUCAAUAUGAAUCUGCUCUGUCAUUACAAGACCAGCUGUCUUGUAGCAAUAUAACUAUCACUGGCAUUGCCUGUACUUUUUCAAAUCCACAGGAUUUACCACAGCACUAAAAAUCAAGUUAAACCCACAACACAAAAGACAUUAAAUGCACAUUGUUAGGGAACAAAAAUCUCUACAUCAGUUCAACUCAAAACAAAAGGAACAAAACAUGAAGAAGUCAGUUUAGAGCAACUGUACAA